UAAUUUUAUCAGAAACGUCAAUGACAAGUACACUCUAUUCAUCGUGGCAUUUCAGAAUUAUACGUUUAUAAAUACAAAUUACAAAAAAAAGAAAAAAUAAAUUACAAAUUUUUCGCAAAUGUAGAAAUAUAUCAGUCGCAUAUUCUCCUUAUAUACUAUUUAAAAUAAACUUAGGUUCAAAAAUGAGAUUAAAAUCACUUAUUGUGAAGUUUCUUUAUAUUCCUAAAUACUUGCUAAUUUAUUUGAUUGGACAUCCUGUAAAUCCAGUUAGAGACAUUUUUCGUUAUGCCACUAAAUGGGAAACAUUUUUAAUGCUCGCUGGAAUAAUCAGCAGUGUAGCAACGGGAAUAGCUGUGCCAUGGAAUGUACAAAUGUUUGGCAAAUUAGCUGGAGGAAUGGUUGAUGCUAAAUUGAAAAGCACAUUUGCAGAAUAUGGAAUUGACAUUUCCGAAUAUAUUCAUACUGAUGUGAUGGAAGCUGUGUCAACAUUUGCAGUGGGCACAAUCAUUAUCAGUUGUAUUUUAUUCAGUCUGUCUUACGUCAGUAUUUGUUUAUUUAAUUACACUUCACAAAGGCAAAGUCUUCGAAUAAGAUCCAUGUAUUUAAAAUCAAUUUUACAUCAAGACAUAAGUUGGUAUGACGUCAUGAGUUGCGGUGACGUCGCAAGCAGAUUAACAGAAGACGUCAUGAAAGUCGAAGAAGGAAUUGGGGAAAAAUUCAUCAUCUUUCUACACCACUUUAUAGCCGUAAUUGGAAGUACAAUCCUUGCAUUUUACAAUGACUGGAAACUCGCCUGUAUUUGCAUUGUACCAUUCAUAGUAAUUGUAAUAAUUCUUUAUUGCGUUGCAAAGGCAACAGCAAAAAUGACUCGAAAGGAAGUUGAAGUUUACGCACAAGCAGGUUCUAUAGCCGAGGAAUCACUGUCUGCAAUAAGAACAGUUGUUGCAUUUGGAGGACAAAAACGAGAAUUUCAAAGAUAUACAAAAAAUCUUUUAUCCACCUACAAGAAUAAUCUAAAAGCCGUCUUAUUAUCGGCUUUAGAAUUUGGUUUAAUUUGGUUCUCCACCUAUACAACAUACUCAUUUGCAUAUUGGUAUGGAGUUGAAUUAAUUCUGCGAGAAAGACUUCUACCAUUUGGAUCUCAAACUUUCACACCUCAAUCCAUGGCUAUAAUUUUCUUCAGCGAGAUGAUGGCGACUGUAAGUUUAGUGUCUGCUGCUGCGUACAUUGAAACUUACGGACUUUGCAAAGCAUCAGCAGCAAAAGUGUUUUCCAUCAUUGAACAAAAAUCGAGUAUCAAUAAUUUAUCGUCAAGUGGCAUAAGACUGCCUCAUGUUGAUGGAUUUAUAAAAUUUCAGAAUGUAUCUUUUGAAUAUCCAUCAAGACCUAAUGUCAAAGUUUUGAAAAACAUUAACUUAUCAAUAGAAAAAGGAGAGACUAUUGCUUUAGUCGGAAGUUCUGGAUGUGGGAAAUCUACAUGUAUUCAACUUGUGCAACGAUUUUACGACAUAAGUGGAGGACAGAUCUUAAUAGAUGGGUACGAUAUAAGGGAUUUCAAUGUAAAAUGGUAUCGCAAUCAAUUAGGAACGGUUAGUCAAGAGCCAAUCCUUUUCGAUACAACAGUAGCUGAAAAUAUUCGCUAUGGCAAUAUGACUGCUUCCAUGGAGGAUAUUAUUAUGGCAGCUAAGGAAGCAAAUGCUCAUCAUUUCAUUAUGAAUCUACCUUAUCAAUAUCACACACUUGUAGGUGAAGGAGGAACGAAAAUAUCUGGAGGUCAAAAGCAAAGAAUUGCUAUAGCAAGAGCUUUAGUAAGAGAUCCAAAAAUUUUACUUCUGGAUGAAGCAACUUCUGCUCUUGAUACUAAAAUGGAGGCUAAAGUCCAAGCUGCAUUGGAUAAAGUACACAAGGGAAGAACGACAAUUAUUGUUGCUCAUCGAUUAUCAACAAUACGAGGAGCUGACAAGAUAAUAGUGCUUAUGAACGGAGAAGUUGUUGAACAGGGAAAUCAUGACUACUUAAUGGGUCUGAAAGGUCAUUAUCAUUCACUAGUUACUACACAGGCGACAAGCAUUGACUCAAUCCAAGUAAAGGAGGUGAACAAAUUUAUAAACAAAAAAGAAAUGAAUGCCAAUGAAAAUGAAGAUGAAUUAUGUGCUAUAUCGAAGAUUCCAUUUGAAGCAGCCAUUGAAGAGAUUCAAAAUGAAAUAUCGACAAUGAAAAUUCUAAAACUUAGCAAACCUGAAUGGGUUUAUAUUUCUUUUGGAUGUCUCGCUUCUAUUUUUGUUGGACUCUCUCCUCCAAUUUUUUCCACAUUCUUCGGAGAUGUUAUAGAUGAACUCUCAGGACCAGAUACAGAUUUAAUACGAAAGCGUACGAAAAUAUAUUGUGUACGUUUUAUACUAGCUGGUAUUUUCAUUGGACUAUCAAACUUUGCUCAAUACUAUUUACUUGGACUGGCCAGUGAAUGUACAACUCUAAGAUUACGAGGAUUAAUUUUUCAAGCAAUGUUGAAACAAGAGAUUGGUUGGUUCGAUAGACCGAUAAAUGGAACAGGAGCUCUUUGUUCUAAACUUUCAACUGAAGUCGCUGCAGUAAAAGGAGCAACUGGUCAGCGAAUUGGAAUAAUUGUACAAUCCUACAGCACAAUCGUACUCUCCAUUGCGAUGUCAAUUUACUAUGAAUGGAGACUUGGAUUACUUGGCACUCUCUUCAUUCCACUUAUAUUAAUAACAAAAAACCUUCAGAAUUUAAUGUACAAGGAAGAAACGUGCAGUUAUCAUAAAAAUUUGGAAAGGUCUACAAAGAUAGCAGUUGAAGCAGUGAGUAAUAUUAGAACUGUAAUUGCCCUCGGAAUACAGGAUAAUUGUUAUCAUUCAUACGUGGCAUCAAUGCAACCUUCACUUGCUCUUGCAAAACGAAAUACUCACUAUCGUGGGUUAAUCUUCGCUAUGGCUAGAUCAAUUUCAUAUAUUGCUUUAGCUUGCUGCAUGUACUACGGUGGAUAUUUAAUGAAAGAAGAAGGAAUUCCAUACUCCACUGUAUUUAGAAUCUCUCAAGCUCUAAUAAUGGGAACUGUUAUGGUUGCUUGUGCAUUUGCAUAUGUUCCAAAUGUUCAGAAAGGUUUGCAGGCAGCAGCAAACAUCGUGUCGAUUUUAGAAAGACCUCCAGAAAUCCAGAACCCAUUGGAAAUUAAGAAAACAGAGAAGUUCUACGGUCAAGUGGCGUAUAAAGACGUAGUAUUUAAAUACCCAUCAAGAAAUGAAGUAAAAGUAUUGGACGGUUUAAAUUUAAUGAUUCCAGCUGGAAAAACAGUUGCCUUAAUAGGUCCCAGUGGAUGUGGAAAAAGUACAAUGGUACAAUUACUGGAAAGAUUCUACGAUCCAUUAGGAGGAACAGUGAGAAUAGACAAUAAUAGCAUCGAUACCCUGUUGUUAAAUACUUUGAGAAUGCAGAUGGGUUUGGUGUCUCAAGAACCAACAUUAUUUGCAAGAACAAUAGCGGAAAAUAUUGCCUAUGGCGAUAAUACCAGGGAAGCGCCAAUGUGGGAAAUUAUAGAGGCAGCAAAACAAGCAAAUGCACAUGAAUUCAUUACGACUUUACCUCUUGGUUAUGAAACAAAACUUGGCGAUAGAGGAACUCAACUUUCCGGAGGACAAAAGCAGAGGAUCGCCAUUGCUAGAGUUCUAAUUCGAAAUCCUAAAAUUCUCUUGUUGGAUGAAGCUACAUCAGCAUUGGACUCAGAAAGUGAAAAGGUUGUUCAAGCUGCACUGGAUAAAACGAGGCAAGGAAGAAGUUGUAUUUUAAUAGCGCAUAGACUUUCAACAGUUGAAAAUGCCGACGAGAUAUGUGUUAUAAAUGAAGGUCAAAUUAUCGAAAGUGGAACACAUAAAGAACUUUUGGAAAAGAAGGGCGCAUAUUAUGAAUUACUAUGUUUACAAAAUAUACGACGUUAAAUAAUUAUUAAAUUUAGUCAUUAAAUUACAAUAGUUUUUAAACAAUCUUUCAACAUUUUUUUUAAAAAUGAAAAUGGUCUGAUAAAAAUAAUAAUCAACACAUUUCUUACGUAAGUUUAGAAUUUUAACUUUAUCUAAAAUCUUAUGUGUUUAAUAGUAAGAAAACUGAAUCUUGUAGUUUGUAUUAAAGUAUUUAAAUAAGGGAAUACUUUUUCAGAAAUUAUAACUUUUUCUUCUUUA